UCAUCAGUGUGAUAUCUUCACUUCAAGUCACUCUCCAUAUUCUACUGAAUAGCACUUCAUAUUCUUCAGGUGCUGUCUCCUGCUCUACUAAGUGCCCGGCAUUCUAAUCUUGUUGUGCAUUUGUGUUUUAACUCGCUGUGUCGAUACUAUUAUUACACAUCUUAUACGUGGGCCUCUUGAGAUAGAUAACUGUCUCGUUAUCUUGAACAGACAUGGUGAUAAACAACAACAUAGCUGACCACCUCAACGGUGACCCCAAGAGGUCAAAUGCUCCACCUAUCAGACAAGACGAUAGCCUCUUUGACCAGUUCUUCCAGCUGUCCCCUGGCACAACAGAAGCAUCCCCAGGUCCUCACAGUGACGUUCCUGUUUCCCACACAACUCACAACCAGUUUACAAGUGGUCUAAUGGGCACCAGCACCGAUGGUGAUGCGUUGAAUUCGCAACGGUAUCCAAACCUGAACCUGGAAUUGACAAGCAACACGUCCUUUAUUACUCCGCAACCCGUACAAUAUUCACAGACAAGCACCAAUGACGCUUAUUCAUCGAUCAAUGUGCCCAAUGAGGGAACAAGUAAAGAACUUUCACAAAACCUUGAUUGGAUUACCGAAGCAGAGUCCAAUACGCACAACAUCAACUUUGGUAUGCCCGUUGAACAGUCAUUCCUACCACCCGCCAGUGUUCCUUCAACAGCUUCAGUGUCCACGCCGCCGUUCAUCAUAUCCACUCCACCCACAGAUGAGAAUCCAAGCGCCCAAUACCCAAAUUUCAACAUCAACCAACAACAGGUUAUUGGAGAUCAAUCAAACUUCCUACAGCCCAACUUUCAAGGCUCACAAUUCGAGCAGCUACGGCAACUGAGUAAUGCUGGUUCGCUGAGUGACCUAUCCAGUGUUGACGGUGGCUCGCCAUAUCUGAGUGCGUAUUCUGGCUCAAACUAUGGAGGUGAUGAUGUCCAUUCGAAUGUGCUGCUGGAAGACCUUAAUGGCGACUCAACAGAGCAAAACCCGCAGAUAGACUUCUUAAGCUUGCAGUUGGAUUCGUUGAGUCAGAACGGUGUGUUACCAGUUACGCCUGUGACCAUAUCCGUCGACGAGGCACCCGAGGAUGUUGCUGAGAGAACACCAUCUCUUUUCUCGUCGAAUGCAUCAUCUCGCAACAACUCGCCCAACCACUCCCGUAAUGGGUCGAUGCACUCUACGACUAUUAAAUCUGGUCAUUUUUCCGAUUUACUUUCACCAGAUAUGGGCGAAAGCUACAACAAUAGUCAUGGUGGAUCGAACAGUAGUGACAACGGGAGUGUUAGCGGAGAGAUUGAGCUGUUAAGACCAGACUCACAUAAGGAAAUGCGUGCAGGACGUCAACGUCGGCACUCAACAUCACGUUCCAACUCAGGGUCAGUCUCAAGGGAACGUUCACCUUCAGUUAACCGUGAAAAGAUGCUAGAGUUAGCAUCCACAAAUGAAGCGACAGCGACUACACAGAAGAAUCCAGCAAUCUUUUGCUGUCAUCUAUGUGACAAACGAUUUACAAGGAAGUCGAACCUGAGUUCUCAUUUGAGAACACAUACCAAUGAAAGGCCUUAUGUGUGCACAGUUUGCUCUCGUACAUUUGUCAGACAACAUGACAUGAACCGACAUAUGGCUUUGCAUAGCGGUGAGAAGAAGUACGAAUGUCGUGGUACUUUGAAGGAUGGUGUUACUAAGUUUACGAGAAAUUACAAUUUGAACUCUCAUCUAAGGACGCAUGCGAAUGAGAGACCCUUUGAGUGUACCCUCUGUCAUCGUACAUUUGUAAGACAGUACGAUAUGAACCGCCACAUGGCUCUACACAGCGGCGAGAAGAAGUACGAAUGUCGUGGUACCUUAAAGGAUGGUGUCACCGUUUGGGGAUGCGGAAAGAGAUUUGCCCGUACUGAUGCACUAGGAAGACACUUCAAAACGGAGGCUGGUAAAGAGUGUAUUAGACCACUAGUUGAAGAAAACGAGCGGGAGCGGAUGGCUCAGAAGGAAGCUAACCCUGAACAAAUAGAAGAAAAGUCGUGA